AUUCACGAAUGAUUGUAACUGUGUUUGUGGUCGUAUAACGUCCUGAAAUAUUUUUUACCGGUGUUAUCAACGCAGCUAUCAUUUUGAUGUAUUGAGGAUCAAAAAACUGCAAGAAUGAAGCAGUUAAUAUUCCUAUUCCUAGCAUUUUUCGUAUUAAUUGGGUGUACGAAAGCUAAUGAUGAUGUGGUCGGUGAAGCAACUGUCGAAAAAGUGGAUUUGGAUUUAGGGGCUAGCAGAGAAGGUUCAAGAACAGAUGAUGAAGCGGUCAAGCGAGAGGAAGAAGCAAUCAAACUGGAUGGACUCAACGUUGCUCAGCUCAGAGAACUACGAGAAAAAUCGGAGAAGUUCGCUUUCCAAACAGAAGUCAACAGGAUGAUGAAACUCAUCAUCAAUUCUCUAUACCGAAACAAAGAAAUUUUCUUGAGAGAAUUGAUAUCUAACGCCUCCGAUGCCCUAGAUAAAAUCCGUAUGCUGUCUCUGACAGACAGAAGCGUUCUGGACACUCAGUCUGAGAUGAACAUUAGGAUUAAAGCGGACAAAGACUCAGGAAUGCUUCACAUCACCGAUACAGGAAUCGGAAUGACCAAACAGGAUCUGAUCAACAACCUGGGCACAAUAGCCAAGUCUGGGACAGCUGAAUUUUUGAGCAAAAUGCAGAACCCUGACACAGCUCAAGACAUGAAUGAUAUGAUCGGUCAGUUUGGUGUUGGAUUCUACUCUGCUUUCCUGGUUGCAGACAAGGUAAUCGUCACCUCGAAAAACAACGAGGACAAACAGUACAUCUGGGAGUCAGACUCUGCCAGCUUCAGCAUAGUCGAAGACCCUCGCGGGGACUCUUUGAAAAGAGGCACGACCAUCAGCCUCGAGCUGAAACCCGAAGCCAGGGACUUUUUGGAGCACGACACGGUUCGCAACCUGGUCAAGAAGUACUCGCAGUUCAUCAAUUUCCCUAUUUACUUGUGGACCAGCCGUACGGAAACGGUGGAGGAACCGUUGGAGGAAGACGCACCCGAAGACAAACCGCAGGCGGAAGAGGAAGAAGAAGAUGCAGAAGUGCAGGAGGACAAGGAAGAGGACAAACCAAAGACCAAAAAGGUGGAGAAGACAGUAUGGGACUGGGAACUGCUCAAUGACAGCAAGCCAUUGUGGACCAGGAAACCUUCAGAAGUAGAAGACAAGGAAUACGACGAGUUCUACAAAGCUCUCACCAAGGAUAGCAAAGAACCCCUAACGAAAAUCCACUUUGUCGCUGAAGGAGAGGUUACUUUCAAAGCUUUGUUGUACGUUCCGACGGUACAACCAUCGGAAAGUUUCAACCGGUACGGUACAAAAACUGACAACAUUAAGUUGUAUGUCAGAAGGGUCUUCAUCACCGACGAAUUCAAUGAUAUGAUGCCUUCUUACCUGAGUUUUAUCAGAGGGGUCGUUGAUUCCGAUGAUUUGCCUCUCAAUGUGUCUCGGGAAACUCUCCAGCAACACAAAUUGAUCAAGGUCAUCAAGAAGAAGUUGGUGAGGAAGGUGUUAGACAUGCUGAGGAAGCUUCCCGACGAGGAGUACGAGAAGUUCUGGAAGGAGUUCUCCACCAACAUCAAGCUAGGAACCAUCGAGGAUCCGGCCAAUCGUACUCGCUUGGCCAAACUGUUGAAAUUCCUGUCGUCGAAUGGCGAUUUGACCAGCUUGGGCGAUUACGUCAAACGAAUGAAGCCCAAACAGGAUAAGAUUUUCUAUAUCGCUGGGUCUGAGAGACGGGAAGUCGAGAAAUCACCGUUCGUCGAAAGGUUGCUGCGCAAAGGUUACGAGGUCCUCUACCUCGUAGAAGCCGUGGACGAGUACUCGAUAUCCGCCAUUCCGGAAUUCGAGGGCAAAAAGUUCCAGAACGUGGCCAAAGAGGGCUUCAGCCUCACGGAGGCCGAAGGCGGCAAAGAGCAGUUGGAGCAGCUCAAAACCACCUUCGAACCGCUCACCAAGUGGUUGGCCGACGAGGCCCUCAAAGACCAAGUGGCCAAGGCUGUAGUUUCAGAGAGAUUGAGUGAUUCUCCUUGCGCUCUAGUGGCCAGCAUGUUCGGUUGGACAGGAAAUAUGGAAAGACUGGCGAUUUCCAAUGCACACCAGAAAGCGGACGACCCGCAACGAACGUACUACCUGAACCAGAAAAAGACCCUGGAGAUCAACCCAAGGCACCCUCUGAUGAAGGAGCUGCUGAAGCGAGUAGCAGACGAUCCCAGCGAUCCCACUGCCAAAGACAUGGCGAGAAUGUUGUUCCGGACGGCCACUUUGCGGUCCGGGUACAUGCUGAGAGAGACUGCUGAUUUCGCUCAGUCCAUCGAGGCUAUGAUGCGCAAAACAUUGGGGAUUCCCCUCGACGAACAGGUGGAGGAAGAAGAUGACAUUCCAGAGGACGGAAUUCCGGAAGAGGAAAAUGUGGACGCAGAUGGUGAUGAAGAGGGCAAAGAAGAAGAGCACGACGAACUUUAAAUGAAGGCCAAGUGUGCGUGUGAGUGUUUUGUGUGAUGAUGAAUCGUUUCUUUUUGAUUGUUCUGUACGAUCGUUCAAGAUCAAGACUGUACCUUUUAUUUUUUGUAUGCUAAUUAAAGAGAUAUUUAUUAUUU